GCUAAAGCAGAAACAUUUUGCGAUUUUCAGAUUCAUAGCUUCCUACGACACCCGUUGGUGAAAUCCGAUCUUGUGUUAUAAAAAUCCCAAAAUUUUCCGGGAAAAUUCUACUGUAAUUGAUUUUGAGAUUCGAUUGUUUCGAAAUUGAUUUUGCUUGAAUGGCGACGAGGAACCGAACGACGGUGUACAGGAAGCACAGGGAUGCGUGCAAGAGCGCGCGAGCUCCUUUAUCUUUAUCGGCGCCUGAUUCGUUCAGUGGUCCGGUGAUCGAAAUGGUUAGCGGCUCGUUUGCUCGGUCUAAUCACUCUUCUUAUGCUCCUUUGAAUUCCAAUGAUCCUGGUCCGUCGAGUAGCGAUGCCUUCACAAUAGGUCUCCCACCAGCUUGGGUAGACGAUUCUGAGGAGAUAACUUUUAAUAUACAAAAGGUUCGAGACAAAAUGGGUGAAUUAGCAAAGGCUCAUUCAAAGGCUUUAAUGCCUACGUUUGGAGAUAACAAAGGGAAUCAACGUGCGGUCGAGAUGCUCACUCAUGAAAUCACGGAUCUGUUGAGGAACUCAGAAAAGAGGUUGCAGAAGUUAUCUACUAGAGGGCCUUCAGAAGAAUCAAAUCUCAGGAAAAAUGUGCAGCGUUCUCUUGCAACAGAUCUUCAGAACCUCUCCAUGGAGCUCCGCAGAAAACAAUCUACUUAUUUGAAACGUCUCCAGCAGCAGAAAGAGGUAUCAUUUGCCCAUUUCUUCAAUAAAUUAACAAACAUUUGAUUCUGUCGUUGUGUUCUUUGUCUUCCAAAUAAGAGAGUUGCCUCUGCAACUUGAUCUGCUCAUAGAACUUAGCAAUGAACUCAUCUGCUCUCACAUCCACCCCUUUCUCUUCUUCCUCAUCAUCCUUAACCGUACGAUCACUCUCUUCCGUAUAAGAUUCAUCGUAACCGUACGAUCUCACCUCGUGGAAAUAAUCGUCACAAAACCUGGGUUACCAACCCAAUUUGCAAAAGAAAAAGAAAAAGAAAAAGAAAAAGUAUGCAAAAUCCUUAUCAAAUCAAGAUUACAAAAUUCUUAGAUAAGAUAGUACAAGGAGGAAAUCGACUCAUGGUUCCAAGGAAGGAUAAAAGGAACUAAAAGGAAUGUAUUGGCUUCACAGAAGUAACCAACAGUAUAUAGGCAGUUAAUAAGAUCAAAAAGUAUGCAAAAUCACAAUCCAUACAGCCAUAGAAGGAUUGUAGCCAGAUAGGAUGGGCACAUGCUUUGCAACGCUUGUUCUCCUUGCAGACAAAACCAUUAGCGUUUGAGUCUUAAGUAAUGAAAUUUUGUGGCUGAAAUAAUGUAUUGUGUUGUCAUCUAUUACCACAUAUGGCGUUGUAUCUUCUGUUUCUUCAGUUAUACCUUCGAGUUCUUCGGUUCUUCCCCGAAUAUUUCAAACAUCCUGUGGUAGCACAUUUCGAAUAAACGACAUAACAAGUAAAACAUUUUGAUAAGAAUAACCUCCACUUAUCCAAUCUACCUUCUGGCAACAAACUCCACAUACAGAAUUCACAACACCAAUAAGAGAGGUGCAAGAAACACGAUCGAGAUAAA